CGUUGUAUCCUUAAACGGCAGUAUUGUUUUGGCUGAAGCUUUAAUAUGCAGUAGUAGCUAGUGAAUUUAAACCAUAACUGUAUUAAUUUAGUUUCAACCAAUGGACUGUUGCAUUGUAACUGCACUGGGGAGUUUUGCAUCACUUUAUGCACUUCUUCACUUCGUGUGUUUUAUUUUCGCGGAUGCAGACUUCACUCUGCUGUGGUCGAGUCUGUUCGGACACAGACCAGAGAGUAAGCUGAAGGGGCUGGUGGUGUGGAUCACAGGAGCCUCCAGUGGAAUUGGAGAGGAGCUGGCCUACCAGCUGGCAAAGUGCGGCUCACGCCUCAUUCUGUCUGCACGGCGCGAGGAUGAGCUGAAUAGAGUGAAACGUGGUUGUUUAGAGCGCACCAACCUCCAGGAUGCAGAUGUACUUGUUCUUCCACUUGAUUUGUUGGAGAGAACAUCACAUGAGGAAAAAACCAAAGCUGCGAUUCAGUUCUUUGGACAUAUUGAUGUCCUAAUUAACAAUGGCGGCCGAAGCCAGCGCUCUCUGUGCUUGGAGACCAGUUUCGAUGUGUAUCAGGCUCUGAUGGAGCUCAACUUCCUGGGUACGGUCUCCAUCACCAAGCAGGUGCUGCCUCAUAUGACGCAGCGCGGCAGCGGGAGCAUCGUGAGCGUCAGCAGCUUGGUCGGCAUCGCCGGGGCGCCCCUGGCAACCGGAUACUCUGCCAGCAAACAUGCUCUUCAGGGUUUCUUUAAUUCACUUCGGACUGAACUGACUGAAUUUCCAAACAUACUCAUCAGCACUGUGCUGCCCGGGCCUGUGCAAUCACAGAUUGUCCAAAAUGCCUUCACAGAGGAACUGACAAGGCCUGUGGCUGCAGCUGGAAACCAGGAGCACAAGAUGACAACCAGUCGCUGUGUGCGUCUAAUGCUGGUGGGAAUUGCCAAUAAUGUGAAGGAAAUGUGGAUUGCAAAGCAGCCCUUCCUCCUGUUUUACUACACCUGGCAGUACGCACCCACAUUUGCCUGGUUCAUCACAAACCUCUUGGGCAGAAAAAGAGUGCAGCAUUUCAAAGCUGGUCUGGAUGCAGACUCCGCAUACUUCACCAAGCCCAAGACCUCCUGAGAGUCACAUCGUCAAGAAGAAACACGUUUAUUGCAUUCCUGAUAUUCAACCUUGAAAUGAUAUGGGGUUUCUGCAGAAUGUGGGUCUUUGCUUUCAUCCUAAAGGAAAAUAUUGCACGGCACAACUGAUUUUAAGCACAGCCAAGGCAGGGUGUAAUAAACAAAUCGGCAUUUUUUUCAUUAUGCUUACCUCUCUGAUGUAAAGUAAACCCUUUACUUUAGCCUAACUCACCUAUACUUGCACAAACCUUUUGAAUGACUAAUACAAAAAAGUUUGGAU